AGGCGAAGGAAGCAAGUGCAAUUUCUUGCAUCUCCUGUACAGACAACAGAACAUCUUAAUCUUCAUUGUAUUUGCAUUUGCAUUUUUCUUGUGUCUUCUCUCUCGUCAAACUCGUACUCGAUUGAAUAUCGAUUUGCAUUUAAAUUGUGUUUGUGCACGUAUUUUUUUUUGAAGUAACGAACCUUAUCCUACCCACAAAGCCAGCACCAAAAUGAACGCCGAGGCCGUUGUCGCUGAGGUCGUGUCCUCUUUGGCCGACCCAAAGUGCGACCAAACCCGCAGACAAGCCGCUGAGGCCGCUUUCGAAUCCAGUCGGGAUGCUCAACCUCUCCCCACUCUCGCUGCCUUGCUGCAAUACGCUACUUCAGCAGCUGCCAAUCCACAAAAUGUAGCCAACAUCACGCCACAAGUCAUUCAGGCUUGUGUCACUUCCUCUUUGGUGUUGUUGCGCAGAACGCUUCCGACAGUAUGGAAGCACAUUGCUCAAGAGUCGGAUCGUGAACAGAUCAUCCAGAAACUGAUGGACGCAUUUCUCGACACUAAGAAAGAAGCUGGAGAGAGAAAGCGAUUGGCACACUGCAUUGAAAAAAUGCUCACCAGUCGGGACUGCAACGGACCAAGCAUCGAGAAAUUUAGAAAUGGUACUGCUCAAGACUAUGUUGUUGUACUCGUUCACGACGUUCCUCUUAUCUUGACGAAGAUUCAUCGAUCAUGUUCAUGUUGUAAUGGAAAGGUCCUUCGUUGUACUGUUAUUUCCCCAUGCAACUAAUUUAAUUCUGAGUUUCAUCCAUUUCACUUCUUUCGACGUCGACUGGUAAACGCAAACGUAGCCAUCCACCAUUACAAACAGAGCUCAUCCCCCUCCUCGGCGCCGCCAUGGACCGAGACCUCACGGCCAAUUUGCAGCCUGUGUUGCAACUCCUGGUUGACGGUCUCGAGACCCCUACCUUCUGGAUGUACGUGUGCAUGCCGCAUCAAGCCAAGAUGGAACAUCUACUGCUUGUCAAGUUCCCAGAAGGACCCUCUACAACUGCAGAAGCCCAACAAAACAUCAAGGAACUGCAAGCUUUGCUCUUUUUGCGUAUCGUAAACUGGAUCGACUCGGACAAAAUUCCGCAACAACUCGUCACUGGUUUUGUCCCGACUGGAGUCUUGCAAGUGUUGGCGCAAAGUAGUAAUACGGAUAGGCAAAAGUCCAUUCUAGAGGGUUUGGACGAAGCCGCUGGAAAGAAUCUCUUCUCAUCCAUGCUAGCAGAUACCAUCAGAAUCUGUCUAGAAGUAGGCAAGAAGGAUCCCGAGGAGCUUGGAAAUUCCAGUUUGCAGAGCAUCUUGUCCUUGGUGGAAGCCGAAUCGUUGGAAGAUUUGAAGGGGAAAAAUGCACAACUGUUGCAAGAAGUGCUGUUGAUCGUCUUGGAAAAGUGUUGUCAGAUUGAUGUGGAGAGCUAUGAUUCCUGGUGCCAAGAAGGGAACCAAGAGGACGAUACGGAGGAAGAGGUACUGAUUAUAUUGUUGUGAUUUUACUAGGUAGUAGGAAUUUUUUGCGAAGAUUUUUACAUAUUUCUUCACUUAGAAGUAAGUAGAAGUUGUUCCUGCUGUAGUUGAUCUACGACCUCCAUAUUUUAUUACAACCCGAUGAUCAUCGUAAACACAGGUCAGCCAAGGUCUCGAAGCUUUGGAUCGUUUGGUCCGAAAAAGCAAGGAGUCCGAGGAUGAGGACGACGAGGAGGAAGAGAGCGGCACUGAGCCUUUUUUGUUGCCAGUAGUCUUCGAAAAGUUGGGAAAACUCGACAAGAGCAACUGGGGGCACAACGUUGCAACUUUGUUAAUUCUGCAGUAUGUCUUGCAAUAUGUGGAAACGUCUUCCACGUUACAGAUGAUCACGAAGAUGGCACUGGAUGCGACGAAAGGUACUAAUUAUAAAGUUUAGAUGAACUUGAUGUUUUGAUCUGGUGAUUUAUUUCUCGUGGAAAAGAAGAGGGUUUAGGAUUUAGGAAACCCUAAACCCUAACCAGAAGAGGAUCUAUCAUACCGACCACCCCAUGAUGUAAACAAACAAAAGUCUUUUGCACCACGAUUGAAUGGUUCUUCCAGUAAAAAUUUGGUAACCUGAUUUUGAUCAUAAGGGAAAACAAGAAGCGAAUCCUUGUGAUCAAAUUCAGGCUAAGUAUACCAAAGUAUUACCGGGACCCUUCCGGAACCAUUCAAUGACUUCAAAUCCUACUCUCCACGACUCCUCCCACCACUUCAACUCAGCCCAGAACGCUCGUGAACGCUUCGCUGGUUGGGUCUUGCUCGGCGAAUUGACGAGUAGCAAGCGACAAUUCUGCGUCCGCGAUGAGGAGAGCAAGGCAGCUUGGCUCGAAACUCUGACCUACGGCCUGGAGAACGAAAGCAUUCAGCGUGUUUUAGCCAAGUCGCUGGAUGCUUUCAUGUACUUCUUGGCUGAAGACCAGUGCCUGGAAUUCGAGGACAUUCAGCCUCUCUCUGAGCGCAUGUUGAAGCGAUUGGUAGUGAUCAUCGACCAAGCCGAUGCAGUUUUUGAUACGAGAACUACGAACAAGGAUAAUCAAGGAGGUGCUGCUCUCGGGGAUUCCACGCCCUCCACUGCCUCUCCUGCCAGCAGCGCCAACGGUUCUGCUGUUCAGAACGCAAACACCCACCACAACCUCUCUACGCAAAUGAAGCUGCUGCUUAACGUGCAAGUCUCAGCGGUUGGAUGCAUCACGGCUGUCUCUAAAGUUUUGGAUGAAAAGGUUGCCGCUUUCUACCACAGCUUGAUGCCGGUUCUCUACAAGCUGUUGGAGAAACACGUCCAUUCCACGGACUCUAGAGAGUUGUUGGGUGCAGCGAUCGAAUGCGCGAGUUCUCUAGGCAUGUACUUGAACGAUGCGGAAACAUUCGGAAAGGACGCAGCCAAAAUCGCCAAGGCGAUGUGCCACGUAUUUAAUUUUAGAUUAUGAUUGUACUUAUUUUUGAUGGCUAUGGUAAUUUUAGUUUGAGUUUAGCUUUAGCUACUGGAACAAGAUAAAGAAUUACGUUCUGGUCCUCUGAUUUUGCUGACUUCUCUCUCUUCGUCUUCUUUGAUAGAUCACUCUAUUGCUAUUCUUGAGAUUGAGUGUGCUAAAAGAAAAACUUGUACUUCAUUUAAAAACAAGGACCCAAAAUCUCUACUCCUUCCCACCUUCAGGUCCUCCAAACCGCCACUAUGGCUGACGACCCAGUCAAGGAUUACGCCUUCGCCGCUGCCGACAACCUCAUCACUGUCAUGAAAAAGGACUUUCUUCCCUUUUUGCCCGUUUUCUUGCCUGAAGUUUACGCCAGACUGAAGAAGGAGGGUUUUGAUGCUGCUGAUGGCAAGGCAAUGGAGCGUCUUAGGGCAGAGGAAGACGUCGGUGGUCCUCAAGUGGACGUUUCUCUCUGCGUCCGCGUCGAUCCGGCUACUGGCCAGCAGAAAAUCCUCUGCAUCAAGACCGCCUACAUCGAUGAUCUCUACAAUGCUUUGUCGGUGUUGAAAAAAUUCAUUGACGUGUUGAGUGUGGACUUUGCGCCGUUUGUGGAUGAGUGCAUGACGCACUUGAAGCCGGUGCUGCAGUUCGACUACGACGACGAUGUGCGAGCCACCGCAGUAGAGGUCUACGCUGAAAUCGUCAAGCUGUGUGCCAGAUCGAACAACACUCCAGCGUUGAAACUCCUCGUUUCUGAGUUCAUCAGUUCCGCGUUAUCGUCUUGGCAAACGAACGAAGCGACUAAGGUGUGCGAUCCGACUCGGAUGCGCACGCAAGCUGACGGCUUGGAUGAAGUUUUGAACGCAGCCGGUCCCCACGUCCUCUCCCUUCCUGAGGUAGAGGAGGUCGGGAAAGCGUGCAUGCGCGAGUUGCAAGCGGCUUUGCAAAGAGAAGGAAAGGCAGAAGGCGAAGAAGACACGGAGGCCGAGUGGGAAUUGCAGAGAGCGCUGGUCAGUGCUAUUGGAGCAUUAAUGAAAUGGCAUUCUGGAGAAUUCUGCGGUAGUGCUGUUACCCAUCCUUCUACUGCUAGUGCAGGCAUGAUCGACCAGGCUGCAUCCAGUAGCUCUUCAAGUAGUGGUCCCCAGCGUCCUCAACGUCGAUCUAAUGCCAACAAGUACACCCCAACAGGAACUAGCUUGUUCGCUGGGUACAGCCAAUUUCUUGUUCAGUGCAUCACGGGUCCAGACCCCGAAGCACAGAGAAUCGGAAGACUCAUCGCUGCGGACUUCUUUGAACAUCUAGGUCCCGAAAGUGUCCAGCCUUUGUGGCCUUCCCUGUUGCCGAAGCUGGUGCAAAGUGUCCAUACCAAGCGGUUAUAUGAGGAAGUGCAGGCUGCCGCUUUUGCUCUGAGCAUGGCAGUGAACUUGGACGAGUUUUACGUUCUGUCCUCUGGAAAUUUGGCGAACAACAAGGAGAAAAUCGCUGCUCAGGAAGGAGAGAACAAAGCGGCCAACAAUGCUCUGAGCAUCGAUGUGAUUACCGAAAAGCUGGUCGCAGAGAGGUGUGCCGCUUACAUCAACAAGAUCCGAACGAGCAAUCGCGAAGUCAGUUUCGGAAAAGAGACUGCCUGCGACAACUGCUUAGCUUGCUUGGGGAAUCUGCUGACGCAUGAUUUUUUCAGAGAGCAAGCGAAAGAACAAGCCACAUCCACGACUUCGUCCUCCUCAACCCUCUCUGACGAUGACCGUUCCCGCCUCUUCCGCGGAUGGAUUUCGUGCUUGCCACUGCGCGCCGACGAAGAGGAAGGGUUGAGAGUGCAUACCCAACUUGUCGAGUUGGUUCUGAAACAAUACCCCUUAGUGGUCGAAAACCUGGACCAGGCUGUCAAGGCUAUCACGCUGUUGUACAAAGGACCCAUGAGUGAUGAGGACUUGAACGAGAAAAUUGGGAGAAUCGUGUCUGGAGUCAGUACGGCGAUGCUCGAACGUGCAAUUAGUGAUUUCCCAGCAAAGCUGAAGAGCAAGGUUCGACGCAUAUACGAAGAUUGUGCGGGAAACACUUCGAAGUAAGAAGAGCAUACUGAUACUUCGACGUAAAAUAGACGAGCAAGAGACGAAAUGAAUGCUCUUUCCUGGGGGUUCAACAUUUGAAGAUGUUUGCACUUGCUAGUGGUCUGAUAAUAUUACUUAUCAGAUAUUUAUAGGAGGUGGCCUUGUUCGUUCUUUUUGUAUCCGAACAUCAUGGCACACCGACAUGCAUCUUCAUGAUGAUGAAAAAUAAUGACAUCGGGCAAAACCUCUUCCCUCUACAAUUACAUGACAUCAACAUGAUCUUCAAAUAAGAAGAAGAUGAUGACCACCGCUAACGCUAAUAUGACGCCCAUAAAUUUCCUACUUCUACUUGCAUGGUUUUUUCAUCGCAUAGUCCGUCAUCAAUCUCGCUCC